CAGGAUUUGACACACAAAAAAGCCAACCAAGCAAAAUUCAUAGAGACGUAAAUUUAUCACACACCACAAGAGCUGAAAGACAAAGGAUUAAGGGGACUAACUGAUCAAUAUGAACUCAACUGAAUAUUACUAUGAUUACAACUACACAUGUGACACUAGUCAGGACACCAGUGCUCAGCCAGCUCUUCUCUACAUUUUGUUCACUUUUGGUGUGCUGGGAAAUGCCAUGGUUUUGUGGGUUCUUUUCCGACACAUAAAGCUGAAGACUGUGACGGAUGUGUGUCUUCUGAACCUGGCCUCUUCAGAUCUCAUAAUGGCAGCCUCCCUCCCACUGUGGGCAACAAACUCCCAGAGCCUCAUCUCAUGUAAAGUCAUCACAGCAGUUUAUCAGUUGGGCCUGUACAGCGGAACCCUGUUUGUCACUUUCAUGAGUGUGGACCGUUAUUUGGCCAUUGUCCACGCUGUCGCAGCCAUGAAAGCCCGUUCACUCCACUAUGGGAUUAUCAUCAGCAUCAUCAUCUGGAUCAUAUCUCUUGCUAUGGCAAUCCCCCAGGUCAUAUUUGCCAGUGUGGAGGAAGAUGAUACCUCUGUUAAAUGUGGACCACGAUAUCCAAAUGAAAGUGUAAACUUUUGGAAGAAAUUUAGAAACUUUAGUGAGAACAUUGUCAAUCUGUUUGUUUGCCUGCCAAUUAUGUUAUUCUGUUAUGUGAAAAUUCUAAUGGUACUUUCCAAAGCCAGGAAUUCAAACAGAUACAAAGCAGUAAAGCUAAUAUUGAUCAUCGUGUGUAUGUUUGUUGUAUGUUGGGUGCCAUACAAUAUUAUUGUCUUCCUACAAACUCUUCAGAUAUAUGAGAUUCUUAACUCCUGUUUAAAUACCCAGAAAAUCAACACCGCCAUUGUGGUGAGUCAGAUUCUUGCACUGUUGCACUGCUGCGUUAACCCUAUAAUAUAUGCAUUUGUGGGGGAGAAGUUUAGGAAGUCAAUGAGCAAUGUGCUACUCAGAUGUAUUCACAAGAGAGACCAGAGAAGGGCAACAACCAGUAACAAAGACACAUCAGAGAAAGAGACCACUAACACUGUGAGAUCUGAGUAUUCAUUCUCAGUACGAUGAACUCACCACAAUGUUAUAAGAUCGGUGUUAACUAUGAAUAUGAGUAAAACUAUCGUUUUUAGGAUUAACAUAAAACUAAAAAACUAUACACAGUCUCCACUGCAGCAGUGUCAUUAGCCUUUCUAUCAACCUCUCACGCUUUUCAGAGCCAAGUUAUUCCUUCAGUUAAUCAUAAAUCAAACUCCUUUAUAAUUGUAUUCUUGGUUAACAUGUAGUUUUAUAAUACAAAAAAAAAAAAAAAAAGUGUUUGAGAAGAAGCGUAGUGAUGUACUGUUCUCUGCCACAAACAUUUUUUGUUUGUGGCUUUUGGCAUUCUGUUCAUUGCUAACAUACAAAUAAAACAAUAUUGCUUUUAAA